AUGUCAGCUAUCCAGAUUCUCCACUUUUUCUACCCCUUUGCUGAUGCAAAGAAGAGUGAUGAUCUGCUUCCUGCUGGCACUGAGGAUUAUAUCCAUAUAAGAAUUCAACAGAAGGGCACCUGGGUACCUUUACUAACUGUCCAAGGGAUGGCUAAUGACUAUGAUAAAAAGACACUAGUGAAGGUGUUUAAGAAGAAAUUUGCUUGCAAUGGUACUGCAGCUGAGCAUCCAGAAUAUGGAGAAGUCAUUCAGCUACAGGGUGACCAGUGCAAGAACAUAUGCCGGUUCUCCUAG